UGCAGCGUUGAAAUUGAAAUUUGUGCGGCAGUGAAAUUAAUUUCUACGAAAUAUUUUUGCAAAACUUUCAAAUUUUUCUAUGAAAACUUAAACGGUUUGCGGUGAAAAGUGUCAAUAAUUACAGUUAAGUGUCGCUGUCAAGCGGUGUUGUGCGAAAUUUGCAUGAAAUUGUGCAUUUUCACUGUGAAAUCGUGCAAAUUGUCGUGCGUGUGCCAGAUUCCUAUGCGUGUGCGUGUGUUUGUGUUGCGUCGCUGCCCAGUGGGUUUUUGGUGCAAACAAAACGCUGGCGCUUGAAAGCCUGCCAAGCAAUUGUGUGUGUACUUGCACUUUCGUGUGUUUACCUAAAAUCACAAUUUGAUUAAAUAAUGGUGGGAGAAAAUCAGCGCUAAAAUCAUGAAAUGAAAAAAAUCGAUUGAACCAGUGCAUGGAAAAUACUAUCGAAAAGCUUUUAGGCGCUCGAGUGUCAACUAUUCAACUAGAGUGAGCAAAUAAAAACGGUGAAAUACAUUUGCAAUUGCAAUCGACAUCAAAGUGUCACAUUGAGAGUGUAAAAGAGCAGGUCAAGUGCCAACUGCCAACUGCUCGAAUUGUCCAUUAAGAAUAAAAGUGGCGCAGAAGAACAAAACUGUAAACUUGAAGAAAAAGGUGAUGAAAAAAAUCGAAAAAGAAUAGAAAUUGAAUGAAAAAGAAUAGAAUUUGAACGAAAAUGAAUAGAAUUUGAACGAAAAAGAGUAAGAAUUGAACGAAAAAUCACGUGAAACAAAGAAAUGGAAAGUUAAAAACUUUAGCAGCAAUUUACAACAAAAACUAAUUGUUGUAUUUGUAGUUGUGUGAAAAAUUUGUCCAGAUUUUUUUGUUCUACCUGAGCAAUCUGUUUUAAAAGCAAUGUAAAUUGCAGGAAAAAGGUGAAAAAGGUAGAGUAUGAAAGUGUGACUCUGAGGCAAGCCGAAGGACAAACAAACAAAAGUGACAAAGUGCGAUUGCACGGUUGCACGGAAAAUAGUGCAAAACAAAUGCGAAAGUUGCUGAAAACUAAAUAAACUGCAAUGUAAAGAACUUAAACGCUGCCACACACACACACAUACAAACACACUCACUUAAGCGCCAGCAGAGAAAAGCAUACUAACAACAAUAAAACAACGUCAAGUGACAGCAAAAUUGUUGUAAAAGCAUAAGUAGUGAAACAUUUGUUCAACAUUGCCAUAUAAUAAUAACAAUAACAACAAAAGCAACAACUAGCGACCCAAACGAAGCAGCCUUGCGGUAAUACUGAACCAUGGCAGCAGCUGCAUCAACACCAACAACAAAAGCGCUUGCAACAAAUGUUGCGCAAUUGGAGCAACAGCAUCGCCUGCAGCCAUCGGCACAACCACAACGGCAUCAGUGGCACCAACCACAAUGGCUGCUGGUUGCCGCCAUCAUAUUGACACUGUUUACCGUGUCCAUUCAGGGCAUUACCGAGGAGCUGUCACCAGAUCAUGUACGCGAAUUCAACUGUGGCAAAUUAUAUUAUCGCACUUUCCAUAUGGAUGAGGAGAAGGACACGCUCUACGUGGGCGCCAUGGAUCGCGUAUUCCGUUUGAACCUCAAAAAUAUUUCGUCAUCACAAUGCGAUCGCGAUGUUAUUAACUUGGAGCCCACACGCGAUGAUGUUGUCAGUUGCGUCUCCAAAGGCAAGAGCCAGAUUUUCGAUUGCAAGAAUCACAUUCGUGUCAUACAAUCAAUGCAAAAUGGCGACAGGCUUUACGUUUGCGGCACAAAUGCACACAAUCCCAAGGAUUAUGUCAUCUAUUCCAAUCUCACUCACUUGCCACGCUCGGAAUAUGUGAUUGGCGUCGGUCAAGGUAUUGCGAAAUGUCCCUACGAUCCACUGGAUAAUUCAACUGCCAUUUAUGUGGAGGAAGGCAACCCUGGUGAUUUACCUGGUUUGUAUUCGGGCACCAAUGCAGAAUUCACCAAAGCAGACACUGUGAUCUUUCGCACGGAUUUAUAUAAUACGACAGCAAAGCGAUUGGAAUACAAAUUUAAGCGUACACUUAAAUACGACUCCAAAUGGUUGGACAAACCCAACUUUGUCGGCUCAUUUGACAUUGGCGAAUAUGUGUAUUUCUUCUUUCGCGAAACUGCCGUCGAAUAUAUCAAUUGCGGUAAAGCCGUGUACUCACGCAUAGCACGGGUUUGCAAAAAGGAUAUUGGUGGUAAAAAUUUGCUCGCCCACAAUUGGGCCACCUAUUUGAAGGCGCGUUUGAACUGCAGCAUCUCCGGUGAAUUUCCAUUCUAUUUCAAUGAAAUACAAUCCGUGUAUCAGUUGCCAACGGAUAAGACACGUUUCUAUGCGACAUUCACGACCAGCACAAAUGGCUUAAUCGGCUCGGCGGUGUGCAGUUUUCACAUCAACGAAGUGCAAGCCGCUUUCAACGGUAAAUUCAAAGAGCAAUCCUCAUCCAAUUCAGCUUGGCUACCAGUAUUAAAUUCACGCGUACCCGAACCACGUCCCGGCACCUGUGUCAAUGACACCUCAAAUCUGCCCGACACCGUGUUGUACUUUAUACGCUCGCAUCCGCUUAUGGAUAAAGCUGUGAAUCAUGAACACAACAAUCCAGUCUAUUAUAAACGAGAUUUGGUAUUCACUAAGCUCGUUGUUGACAAAAUUCGCAUUGACAUACUCAACCAAGAGUACACCGUCUACUAUGUCGGCACCAAUUUGGGACGUAUCUACAAAAUAGUGCAGUACUAUCGUAACGGUGAAUCGCUCUCGAAAUUGCUUGACAUCUUCGAUGUGGCACCGCAUGAGGCAAUACAGGUGAUGGGACUCAGUCAGGCACGUAAAUCGCUCUAUGUUGCCACAGAUCAACGCAUCAAACAAAUCGAUUUGGCGAUGUGCAAUCGACGUUAUGACAAUUGCUUCCGUUGUGUGCGUGAUCCCUAUUGCGGUUGGGAUAAGGAGGCGAAUACAUGUCGGCCAUACGAAUUGGAUUUGUUGCAGGAUGUUGCCAAUGAAACUAGCGAUAUUUGCGACUCGAGCGUGUUGAAGAAGAAAAUCGUCGUCACCUAUGGGCAGAGCGUGCAUUUGGGUUGCUUCGUCAAAAUACCAGAGGUGUUGAAGAACGAACAGGUUACCUGGUAUCAUCAUUCCAAGGAUAAGGGGCGCUACGAAAUCAAAUACAGUCCCACCAAGUACAUUGAGACCACCGAACGCGGUUUGGUUGUCGUAUCGGUGAAUGAAGCGGAUGGCGGUCGCUAUGAUUGCCAUUUGGGCGGCUCCUUAUUGUGCAGCUACAACAUCACCGUCGAUGCACACAGAUGCACUCCGCCAAACAAAAGCAACGAUUAUCAGAAAAUCUACUCGGAUUGGUGUCACGAGUUUGAGAAAUACAAAACUGCUAUGAAAUCGUGGGAAAAGAAACAGGCGCAAUGCUCAUCGCGCCAGAACUUCAGCAAUCAGCAUCCCAAUGAAGUCUUUCGUAAAAACAAUGUCUGAUAUCAAGAAACUCAACUACAACUAACGUCCAUAAAAUUGCAUCUAUAAGAGGUAAAGAUUGCUGAUGAUGAUGACCAACUAAUGACUAAACGAAAUGAAGGGUUGGCGAACUGAGAGAGUUGAAGUAUUGAGAGAGGUUAAUGAGCGAUUAGACGGUGACUGUUUAUAAAGGUUUUGCGAAUGGAGUUUACGUAUGUGUUCUAAGCUUACAAAAACAUGCCAAGGGUGAAGAGAUUAAGAGUAAAAUACUGGAGAUGAAACUAAAGAGCGGCAUGCAGGAAUGCAUUUUAACGGUUUAAGUAAGAGCAAGAAACAUCGACCAUUACAUAGGAAACAUAUACGCAGCAUUCAAGAGUUCAUUAGAAAUUUAAAAAUUAAAUAAUUAAUUAAGAUACCGUUAUAAAAGAAAUUUUGACAACAGUAAAGUAAAAUUGAUUAAACUCAAGCAAUCGCAUGAUACCUAACCAAUAAUUUAAAAUAAAAAAAAAAUAUUUAUAAAUAAAUGCAAUAUUGUAAGAUAUUUAAAUUUAAUAACAAUUAAACUAAAAUUAAUAAAAUAAUUGCAAAAACAACACCAACAUAAAGCAAGCAAAGCAAAAAUCAACAAAACCAACGAAAGUUCCCUCUUUGAAACACGGUUGAAAACACAAUUCAAAACAAAAAAAAAAAUUUAAAAUAAAUAAAUUAAAACAAGAAAUAACACAGCAUUACAAGCAUAAAGGCAAACCAUAAAUGCGCAACACAAAAACAAAAACAAAAAAGCUUGAAUAUAUACAAAAAGCGAAUGCAAUUAAAAAACACUCAUGCAUGCAUAACUCGCCAUUACAAUAAUAAACAAACAGUAAAUAAAACAGUUACAAAAAACACACAGCACAAACAAACAGAUUAUUGGUAAAACGGUAAAUACAAAAGCAAAGGCGGCUUAAUUUUUUCGUAAUAAAUAAUAAAUAGGCGUUAAAUACAUAGGCUAAUAAAAAUUGACAGUAAAAACAAUAAUUAUACACAAAUUAAAUCAUGAAGAAAGCGUGUGUGGCGAACAAAAACUGGCAAGCUGGUACCAACAAAAAAAUACAAUUCAAUAAAAGGCAAUACAUUUUUUUUUUGUGUGAUGAGACCGAUAAAACAAUUGGCGCUGAACUGAUAGCAUUAAGUUACAAACAUUUUUUACAAGCCCAUCAUUUUUACAAUAACAACAAGCAAGUCUAGCACAAAAUUUUAUAAUAACAAUAACAACAAGCAAGUCUAGCCCAUCAAGUUUUUACAAUAACAAAAGCAAGAAGCAAGUCUAGCAGAGUGUAAAAGCAUAAAUUCAAGUACAUACAUACAUACCAUAUAAGCAAGAGUAUAGCGGUAAAAUUAUGUAAGUAGAAUCAUGUUACUACAACAUUUAGUAGCUUUUGAGAGUAGUUUGAUUUGAUAAACAUUUUUCUUAUAUGUCCUUAAAAAGCUUUCAAUGACUUUAGAACUACUGUUAUAUUCCCAAGUCGAGUUACAACUAAACUUUUUUAAAAAGCUCAAACAUUAUUUAGCUCUUUAUGAUCUUUGAAAGCUUUUGCUCAAAAUUCUGAGCUUAAAACUUUGGUAAUUACCAGAGUUUAACUUGAUUUUUUUUCAUAAUCUAUAACUCUCACAGAAUUCCCGAUUUUUAACAUUCACAGAAACUUUUAAUAUUAGCUUAAAAAAAUAAGCUUUAAGCUCAGAUAUAACAAAGUAAAAUACAUUAAAAAUAUGCCAAAGCUCUGUCAUUGUCCAUGUUUCUCAACAAAUUACAUUCACCGGAGCUUUUAUAGCGAUAUUCAGUAUUUUUGAUCAGAAAAUUUAAGCUUUGAUUCAAUUUUUAUCGUACAACGAGUUUGUUAAAAAAAGCUCCGACGUAUUGUUAUUUUAAGAUUCGAUAGAAAUUUAUUAUGCUGUUUCUAAGACUUUUUUCCAAAUUCAUUCAAACAUAUUUCAUAAAAGCUCUUUUUAGAGCUUAAAGCUUACUGAAGAAACCAUUCUAAGUAGGCUUGUAUAAAACGCAUCAUACGGAUUUCUAAGUCGAUUUGGUUUAUUGAAGUAUGAGUGCUAUUAUUCAUAAAAGCUCUUUUUAGAGCUUAAAUCUUACUGAAUUAACUAUUCUAAAAAUACUUGUACAAAAUCUAUCAUGGGUAUAAUGUAAACAAGUUCUCUUUAGAGCUUAAAGAUUAACAAAGUUCUGGACAAAAACUCUGGUUCUCUUCUCUUACUCAUAACAAAAGCUUUCAAUGACUUUAGAACUACUGUUAUAUUCCCAAGUUGAGUUACAACUGAGCUAUUUUUAUAAAAGCACAACAAUUUUCUAUCCCUACAAUACCCUCUUCGUAAGCUUUCACAAAAAGUGUCUGUGACUUUACGAUACUUCAAAGCUUUUGCACAAAAUUCUAAGCUUAAAGCUCAGGUCAGUACUAGGCAAGAGUUAAACUUGUUAUUUGAUGUAAAUUUAUAAAUUUGAAAGUUAAUAAUGAUCCUUAAAAACACCAAAACUUUGAAUUAAAUUUUUUAAGCUUUAAAUGUACUCAGAGCUUUAAGCUUAGCACAAGUUUUACCGUAGUUUUGCCUUAGUUUUGAAACUCUGAAUUUUAACAAUUAUUUAAAAAAAAUUAAGUUUUGAUUGAAAUAUUAUUGGGAUAAACAUGAUAUUCAAAGUUCUUGUCUCGUGAAAAAAAACCCAAAAACGAGAUUCUUAAAACAAUUUUCUGAAAAAAAAAAAAAUUUUGUACAAAUAUAAUCAAUAAAAGUUCUCUUCAGAGCUUAAAACUUACAAAACGUUCUCUUUAGAACUUAAACCUUAACAAAUAUAAUUCAAUUAACUGUCCUGAGAAGUCUUAUACAAAACUCAUCAGCCGGGUUUCUAAGUAAAUUUUGGGUAUAGAGCAACAAGUUCUCUUUAGAUGUUAAAGCUUCACAAAGAUCUUAACAAAAGCUCUGAUUGAUAUGUUUUUGAAGGACAACACAAAAAUUCUCUGCUUCAACAUAUAAUUAAGUGUAAACGUUUCUGGUCUUUCAAAAAUUCUGUUUAGUCAUAGUUAGGUUACAGCUAUAAGAAAGCUCUAAGGAUGCUUUUACGAAAUAAUUUUGAAAAAGUGUUCAUUUAGCCGAAUAUUGGCAUAGCAAAAAGCUGUUAAAACAAAACUUUCUACAUACGCUCAAAGCUUAAAGUGUUAACUGAAAGCUUUUGAAAGCUACGCACUAAUCUCGUAUACAAAAAUAAAAAUAAUGUGUGUUUGUUAGUAUUCCUCGAUGUUUUUUGAAACAGAUCAUUCCUAAGCCUACGAAAAAGCUCUCUCGCCAGCACAAGUUCAUCACUAAACGCCCACAUGUACUCUUCAGCCCGUUUGCAUUGCCUAUAAAUAAAUAUUUUCUUUUUUCUAAUAAACUAAUAUUAAACAAAUUCGAAUAAAUACAUGUGUAGACGAAAUUAUAAGCAAGAAAAUUUACGCAUAUUUAAAAUGAAAAUCGACAAGCAAUGUGAUGUUAAGUUUGAAUGCAUUUAACUAUUAACGAAAGAAAGAAAAACAAAACUAAAACUAUAACUAUAACUAA